GGAGACUGCGGACAGGGAUCCGGAAUCCGAAGCUCGAGUCUGCUCAGCCUGGGACUGCGAACUGUGGGCGCGUCCGGCCGAGGGCUCCUUGCGAGUUAACUUUUUCUUCUAAGGUGAGGGAGAGUGUAAGAAUGGAAGGGGAAUGGACAGAGAACUGACCAGAACGCAACUCGGAGCAUUUCUGAUGCGGACAGAACAGCAAUUCCAUUUUCUUCCUUCCGUUGCAUGAAUUGACUAGUAUGUUUUGCAGAAUUUGACCGAAUUGAAGAGUGAGUGUUUGAUCACGCCAAGUGUGUUUUAUUGGAGGACGCAAUUGCGACACUCUUGGCAAUGGAAGUUUUAAAGACUUGCCUUCUCAAAAGAAAUACACGUAUUGCGGCUUGCUUGUGGAGAAGCAAAGUUAUCCCGAAGCCUUCGUUUAGAAAGAUUAAUACAACCUCUGCCAGGAGCACUGUCAUGCCCGCUUGGGUGAUAGAUAAAUAUGGAAAAAAUGAAGUCCUUCGAUUCACUCAGAACAUGAUGUUACCUAUCAUACACUAUCCAAAUGAAGUGAUUAUCAAAGUCCAUGCUGCCAGUGUAAAUCCUAUAGAUGUUAAUAUGAGAAGUGGUUAUGGAGCAACAGCUUUAAAUAUGAAGCGUGAUCCUUUGCAUAUAAAAACCAAAGGAGAAGAAUUUCCACUGACUUUGGGUCGGGAUGUCUCUGGUGUGGUGAUGGAGUGUGGGCUUGAUGUCAAGUAUUUCAAACCCGGAGAUGAGGUCUGGGCUGCAGUUCCUCCUUGGAAACAAGGCACUCUCUCGGAGUUUGUUGUAGUCAGUGGGAAUGAGGUCUCUCACAAGCCCAGGUCGCUUACUCAUACUCAAGCUGCCUCUUUGCCAUAUGUGGCUCUCACAGCCUGGUCUGCCAUAAACAAGGUCGGUGGCCUAAACAACAAAAAUUGCACAGGAAAACGCGUUUUAAUCUUGGGUGCAUCAGGUGGAGUUGGUACUUUUGCAAUACAGAUAAUGAAAGCAUGGGGUGCUCACGUGACAGCUGUUUGCUCUCAAGAUGCCAGUGAACUUGUAAGGAACCUUGGAGCAGAUGACGUAAUUGAUUAUAAGUUUGGAAAUGUGGAAGAGCAGUUGAAGUCCUUUACACUGUUUGACUUCAUCCUUGAUAAUGUUGGUGGAGCUACUGAAUCAUGGGCUCUAAAUUUUCUCAAGAAGUGGUCGGGAGCCACCUAUGUGACUCUGGUGACUCCUUUCCUCCUGAACAUGGAUCAACUGGGCAUUGCAGAUGGCAUGUUGCAGACAGGAGUCACUGUGGGUACCAAGACUUUAAAGCAUUUCUGGCAAGGAGUCCAUUAUCGCUGGGCCUUUUUCAUGCCCAGUGGCCCAUGUCUAGAUGAAAUUGCAGAACUGGUUGAUGCAGGAAAGAUUCGGCCUGUUAUUGAACAAACCUUUCCUUUUUCUGAAGUUCCAGAAGCCUUCCUGAAGGUAGAAAGAGGACACGCACGAGGAAAAACUGUCGUUAAUGUCAUUUAAAUACUGCGAUGUUUAGUGUCUGCUGGCUCUCUUUUUGCUAAGUGCCUGUGAUCAAAACAUCUAGCCCUCGCCAAACAUUUUUCCAAAUCAGUUGUGUGGAUCAGUAAGUUGCAUUAUAUGGGCGGCUGCUUAAGAUGGCUCAGUGGGUAGAGGUGCCAGGCCUGGCAACUUGAGUUCUGUCCUUGGAACCCACAUAAAGGUAAAAGGAGGGAACCAACUCCACAAAAUUGUCUUCUGACCUCUGUACGUGUGCCUCCCCCACAGUAAAAUAGUAAGUGAAUAAUUAAAUAAAGGCACAUAUGUUUAAAGA